CUGCGCGCUCUCGAGUUCAGCACGCGCAACAAGCUGAUGGAGAGAGUGAGAGAGAAGAGGGACCGACGGAUGCAAGGCGAGGCCAGGAGCGGGAAACCGGAUCCCGCCGUGAUCACUGCCUUUUGUCUUUGAGGUUUUGUAUUUUGAUUUAGAUUUUUUUUUGAUUGGGGCCCGGAAACGGAACGACAGCAGAUCCCGCCCCGGCUCGGCAUCAGCCCAGAUGUGAUGCUGAUGCUGCGUCUCCUCCAGAUUCUUCACGGAAGCGCGGAGACUUUCUCAUCACAUCGACGGACGGCACAUCCAAUUAAAACGCAGGGAUGCUCCCGAUCAACGACAUUCCAGACGUUUAAGCGACGAUGACAAGCGACGGCGGGCCUCGGUGAGCGACGGGCAUCGACGGAGGGGCGCGCGGCGGCGGCGGAUCGCGCAAUAAUUUGCAUGCGGUGUUGUUCUCGUCGCGCUCUGGGCUUCAUUCAUUCACCGGCGCUGAAAGGCCCGCAGCCCGCAGCGCAUCUGGGCAGAAACCCGUGGGAAUUAUGAAACCGACGUGACGCACAGCCACAGCAGCGCAGCGGGGAAAACGUCGACGGAGGGAGGGCGUGAGGUCCGGCGGAGCAACCGAUCACAGGUGGAGGGAGGACGCCCAGCCGCGGAUGGACACACUGCGCUAAUGUCUGCCGUCUAACGCCGCAGUUUGGCCCAGCGCACGUUUGGCCCCCGAAGACUGACAUUGUUCAUGCAAUCGGACAUAACGGGGCGCGAGGCAGCGAGGAGACAACAGCGGGCGAGGGCGCGGAGAGACGGAAUGCGGGAAACGCAGUGAGCGCGGAGGAGGAGGAGGGGGGAGAAGGAACCGGAGGACUGUGACGGAUCUCCUGCUAAUAAGUUUGGCUCCAAAGUCUUGACUCUUCCUGUCCAGCAUGGCCCUGUCACUGUGGCUUGUAGGAGUGUCUGUUUUCACUCUGGCUCAUGUGAACCCGUCCCACCAAGCGAUGUCCCGGGCCGCCAUGCCUUUUGGGUUGCUGCGCAGAGAGCUAGCAUGUGAGGGUUACCCCAUAGAGCUACGCUGCCCCGGAAGUGACGUGGUUAUGGUGGAGACCGCCAAUUACGGACGCACCGAUGAUAAGAUAUGUGAUGCAGACCCCUUCCAGAUGGAAAACACACAGUGUUAUCUUCCUGAUGCACUUAAGAUCAUGUCCCAGAGAUGCAACAACAGGACUCAGUGUGUGGUGGUCGCAGGGGUCGACGUCUUCCCAGAUCCUUGCCCUGGCACAUACAAGUACCUGGAGAUCCAGUAUGAGUGUGUACCUUACAAAGUGGACCAAAAAGUCUUCGUGUGUCCCGGUUCCCUGUUCACCAUCCAACCGGCCUCCUCAGUUCUGGAUGCAGAGCAUCAGUCGGGGGCCUGGUGUAAAGACCCCCUGCAGGCUGGUGACAGGCUGUAUGUAAUGCCAUGGACACCCUAUAGGACAGAAGUGCUGUAUGAGUACGCGUCUUGGGACGACUACAAGCAAAACAGAGUCACCACAACCUAUAAGCUGCCCAGCCGUGUGGACGGCACCGGCUUUGUGGUGUACGAUGGUGCCGUAUUUUACAACAAGGAGCGAACGCGCAACCUUGUCAAGUAUGACCUCCGUACGCGCAUAAAGAGCGGUGAGGCAGUGGUGGUCAACGCCAACUACCACGACACGUCCCCUUAUCGCUGGGGAGGAAAAUCCGACAUCGAUCUGGCCGUGGAUGAGAACGGCUUGUGGGUCAUCUACUCCACUGAAGCCAAUAAUGGACGCAUUGUGGUCAGCCAGGUCAACCCUUACACCCUGCGAUUCGAAGGCACAUGGGCUACAGGCUUUGAUAAACGCGGCGCAAGCAACGCCUUCAUGGCCUGUGGAGUGCUCUACGUAGUGCGCUCUGUCUUUCAGGAGGACGAAGGGCAAGCCGAUAGCCGAGCCAGCAGCAACAUGGUGGUUUAUGCCUACGACACCAGCCGAGGACAAGAGCUGCCUGUUCAGAUACCCUUCCCCAACCCUUACCAGUACAUAUCGUCCAUAGACUACAACCCCAGAGACAACCAGCUGUAUGUGUGGAAUAACUACUACAUGUUGAGAUACCCGCUGCAGUUCACACCACCGCCACCCACCAAAGGACCCCUCUCGUCCUUGAUGACAACCGUCCGCUCCUACACAGCUACGGUAGCUCUGACGCCUGUGCGGCCGUCGGCCUCACAGCCCAUUGGCGUGAUCAAUAGAAGCCCAUUUGAUCAGCGGCCAAUCACAGCCAUGGUUCCAUUGACCCCGCGCCCGCCUCUUCGGGUUCCCUUGGCCCCUGGUGGACCUGGUCAGGUGGGCGGAUGUGAAGGCCGGGUUGCACGAGGUGUUCAGUGGCCCCCCACCCUGAAAGGAGAAACAGUUGAGAGGCCGUGCCCUAAAGGAUCUCUGGGUAUAGCUUCUUAUCAAUGCACUUUAGCUCCAGUUGGCUGGAACUCUGGAGGGCCGGACCUGUCCAACUGUACCUCACCCUGGGUCAGCCAAAUUUCACAGAAGAUAAAGAGUGGCGAGAAUGCAGCCAACAUAGCUGGGGAGCUGGUCAACCUGACCCGGGGGCGGAUCUACGCCGGAGACGUCAGCAUGUCCGUCAAGCUCAUCGAACAGCUGCUGGACAUCCUGGACUCUCAGCUCCAGGCAUUAAGCCCCGCCAAUAAAGAGCCAGCAGCCCGCAAUUACAAUAAGCUGCAGAAGAGAGAGCGCACGUGUAAAGCCUACAUUCAGGCGGUGGUGCAGACGGUUGACAACCUUCUGGGCCCUGAAGCUCUGGUGUCCUGGGCAGACAUGAACAGCGUGGAUCAGUCGCGCUCUGCAUCGCUGCUGUUAGAUGCUGUGGAGAAAGGAGCUUUUCUGCUAGCGAACAACCUCUACGACGGCCGCUUUAGUGACAGAGCACCCAACGUUGAUCUGGAGGUGUAUGUGCUGAACACAGAGGCAGACAUCCGGGAUUUGGUGUUUCCUGAUUCCUAUUACAGUGACAGCAUCCUGCAAAUAUCCGCCUUGGCCCUGCAGCAGUACAGCAACAACGGCCAGGUGAAGCUGGUGCUCUCCCUGUACAAAAAUCUGGGCUCCUUCCUUUCCACCCAAAACUCAACCAUGAGGCUGGGGCUGGGGCAGGGCCAGAGUUUAGAGCCCAGGCACAGGAGCCUGGUGGUCAACUCCCACAUCAUCUCUGCCUCUGUGCACAGAGGAUCCAACAGAGUGUACCUCACCGAACCUGUGAUCUUCACCCUGAGACACCUUCAGCUGGAGAAUCAUUUUGGGCCGAACUGCUCCUUUUGGAACGCUUCUGGACUUUCUGGGAGUGGCCGGUGGUCUACACAGGGAUGCCGCCUUUUACACACAAACAACACGCACACAACCUGCGCCUGCAAUCACCUGUCCAGCUAUGCGAUCAUCAUGACGUACCAGCAGCCUGCAUUUGGUGUCGGCGUCGAGGAGCUUCUGGUCUUUGUCAUUUCCUGGGUUGGUAUUUGUGUCGCCCUGGUGUGUUUGGCGACCUGCAUCAUCACCCUCUGCUGCCAGGGGGCGCCGUGGCACACUGACCACAGCACCAUUCACUGCAACCUGUGGGCCAACCUGCUCAUCACCGAGCUUCUUUUCCUCAUCGGUGCCAACAGGACAAAGUACACUGUUGUGUGCUCCAUAACUGCUGGUCUUCUGCACUUUUCACUGCUGUCGGUGUUUUGCUGGCUGUGCCUGGAGGGGAUAGAACUGUACCUGCUGCAGAGAGAGCUAUUUGAGGGCCGCAACUCCAGACGGAAAUAUUUUUAUCUCUGCGGUUACUCUGUUCCCGGCCUGGUGGUGGCCGUUUCUGCUGCUAUUGACUUCAGAGGAUAUGGCUCAAAAACCGGAUGUUGGCUGCGCACCGACAACUACUUCAUCUGGAGUUUCCUGGGUCCUGUCGCUGUCAUCAUCACGCUGAACCUCGUCGUUCUGGUGAUGACCCUACAUAAGAUGCACAGCACUGCUGCGCUGAAGCCAGACUCCAGCCGCCACGAUAACCUGAGAGCGUGGGCCGUGGGCUCCCUGACACUUCUCUUUCUGCUGAGUGUCACCUGGUCGUCAGGCCUCAUGUUCCUGUCUGGUCCAUCGCUACUUCUGGCUUACCUCUUCUCCUCUCUCAACACGGCCCAGGCACUUCUUAUCACCAUACUUCACUGCACGCUCGCCAGGAAGGGUCAGAAGGAUUACGGCCGCUGCAUCCGUCUCUCGCGGUGCUGUGCAUCUUCUGCAUCCAGCUCCCCCGAUUCGGUGAAAGGGGCCGCCCUUCGCUCCAACAGCCGCUACACCAGCAGCCAGAAUCGCAGAGUCACUGCUAACAGACAGAGUCGCAUCAGAAGAAUGUGGAACGACACGGUCCGUAGGCAGACCGAAUCCUCGUUCAUCGCCGCAGAUGUCAAUAACACGCCCACUCUCAACAGAGCUGCUUUGGGGAACCAUUUCCUGACCAAUCAGGUGUUGCAGACUCAUGCCGGAGCUUCUCCUUAUGACACCAUGUUGGCCCAGGGAUACAGUCAGCCCUUCACUUCCACAGGAACCUUCAGAAACAAGCAGAAGGGCGGCGUGUCGCAGACCCAGGAGUCUUGUGGGUUGGACAGCGUAUGCCUCAAUGGAGGGUACACGCCCAACACGUUCACUUUGCACGGCCUCGGGACGACGCCUGGAUCCAGGGCCGGGGUGGUGGGCAGCACCGACCUUCUGAGGGAGGAAGGAGUUGGAAUAGGAGGAGAUGACAUCUCUCCUGGCCUCCUCACUCCACACGGGGCUAAAGACCUGGCCAGCGGAACCGGAAUGCGUCGCAACCUGUCCGACGCCGCAGCGCUGGAAAAGAUGAUCAUCUCAGAGCUGGUGCAGAGCAACCUGCGGCCCUCCGCGGCGAUGCCAGUCCCUCCUGAGCGCUACGGGAGCCUGGCGAGGCCGCAUCCUCACGAUAGGGCAGCCUUCACCAACACUGCCACCUUGACUCGGCAUGCACAGCAGCCACAGGAGAGCUGGUCCGUUAGCAUACAGCCAAGCACACGGUCCACCGCCACAGAGGGCUGGGCGCACACCAGGCAGCACACACAAGACCCCGAGACACACCCCACCACACGGGGACCGGAUCAGGCCGCGGCGCCACGCCUGAAAGACGGCUGGUCACAUGCACGUGCGUGUGGGGACCCGGAGUCCCGCGAGCUGCUGAAGGAUGUGGACCGGUCCCAGCUGCAGGGCACUCUGGGCCGAAGGGGGCCGCAGGAGCGGCAGCAGGCGCGUGCCCCUGAUGUCCAAGCCCGGCCCUAUUCCACUCUGAGCCGCACACCCGGCUCUCUGUCCCGCCACCGCAGCACGCUGGAGCCCAGCGGCGGGCCGGACAGGGACCGGGAUCGCUACCGGGAAAGACCCCUGCCCCCUCCUCCUCCCCCUCCCCCGCAGGAGUCGGAGCCUUUGUACAGAGCGCUGGAAGAGCCGCUCCUCGCAAAACAAACAGACACGAGCGUGGAUGCGUGGAGAAGCGGCCAGGAAAGAGACAAAGAUGAGAGGUUCCUGCUGAAACGAGAAAGGAUGAAUGAGGAAUGGCGAGGAGAGGCGGAGCGAGGAAGGGAGGAGCCUCUCUCCUCCCACCGGAAAGAUGGAGUUCUAAACGAACGGAAAGCUGGCAGAGAGGAGUCGCAAAUGCUGGAGAAGAAAGACGGACGGAUGGAGCUGUGGCAAGGAGUGGCGGCGGAGCAGGAGACUUUCAUAACCCAGAAGAACGAUUUUGGGAUGGAGGAGUGGAGAGGCGGAAUGGAAAGAGAACAAGAGGAAUCCUUUUUUCACAGAGACAGAUGGAGGGAAGCCGUCAAUCUAGAACGGGAGAAGCAGAAAGAAAGAUCUCUGGAUGUUUGGAGAGGAGGGAGGGAUUUGGACCGGGAGGAGUCCUUCCUGUUUGACAGCAAGGACGCCGUUCUGGAUGAGAGGAAAGGCGGGAAAGGUCAGGGGUCCCUGCGGUACCACGGCGAGCGGCAGGAUUCCGACAGCUUCACUCUGCCCUUGACCCCUGACCUUGACCUCGACCUUGAUUCCUCACCUAUUUAUGCCCGAGAUUCCAAUCCCUCCCCCCUCUACCCUGGAGAACAGCGCUCGCCGCCGCUCGGCAUCUUCCCCAGGAACUCCCCCCCGGCAAAUAUCUUUGCUCCCCGAGAGGACAGCUCCCCCCCCAGCAACCUCUACUCCCGCCACUCCCCACAGAUCUACAGCCGCAGCGGCUCUCCCCCCCGCUUCUACACCCGCAACUCGCCCCCCUCCCUCUUGUACCCGGACAGUAGUCCCGACGGCGCGGAGGACGUCAGCCCCACAGGGGGGCAGCCACAGAGGUCCGCCCUGGAGCUGCCGUACGGCCUGGGGAGACCGCCGCUGGGGCCGAGGCCCAAUCACCUGCAGACCUUCUACCAGCCGCCACCGCUGGGCCCCGGCAGGGAGACGGGGUACCCCGCAGACCCCCCUUCAGAGGGAGAGGACGGACAGAUGCAGCGGGUGACGAGCCUGUGACUAGGGCGGUGGUGAUUGGGGCAUAGAUCUCAGGGAGGAGGAGGACAACGUCAAUGAAACGCUGGAACCGAUGACAUCAUAAAGGAGAAAGAGACGAGUUUGUCACCAUGACGACAGUUUUAAUGAUGGCUCCUCCCUGCUUCUAUUCCCUGAUCACCACGAGACACCCCCCCAACCCCACGCCCUCAAAGUUUUCUUACUUUUGAAUGACAGUCCUCCAUGUUUACCUCCUCCUCUCCUUCCUCCUCUUUGGUCUGACCUGAAACCCUGUUGUGAUGUGUCUCCCUUUAAGUCCAUUGCUGACAUUUCUAUUGGUCCAUUGGCUGGAUGUUACCCCCCCCCCCCCCCUCGCCUCCCUGUAGCAAACAGUGUGUCAAAGAAACACUUGUGUGUUGCCAAAAAAAAAAAAAAAGAAACCUCUCAAAGAACAUGUGCAUGACUUUCCAGUGGUUCUGCAGAGCUGCUAACUAUAAGAGGACGUGCUGGCGAGUGAGCGAGCGCGUCUAGCUUUAUUAGCAUGUGUGUGGGGGAGAACGCGUGCUUAUGUAAAUUCAUUAUUGUAUUGUAUAAUUAAUGUGUCUCAUUGAAGCAUUUUAUCAGUACCCGCUGGGGGAGCUCUUUCACACUUCCUCCUGUCCUGACGUUGACUCUUGACCCGUCAUGACAUACCAAACCAAAACUUCUGACCCUUGACCUGCCAGUGACUUUUGGCGGUAGAACUUGUUGAGUUUGUCAAAGCAACUGAAGACUUGACUGCAGAGCCAGAGAUCGAAUAAAACCUCAGAACUUUUCUGCAACCUCGUUGUACAUAUCAACCUCAAGUGUUCUGAUUGUCUUGUAUUGCUAUUGAAGUUCAUGUAAACAUGUGAAAUAAAUGCUCCCGUCUUUCUG